AUGAAUUAGUAAUUGCUAUCUGAGAAAUUGUAAUUGAAUGGAUUAAAAAUUGAAUCAUGUGGAUUUAUUAAAACAUUUGAAUAUCUGAGAGAAUUGAAAUUAUAAGAUGAAAUUCGAAUUGAGGAUAUUGGUGCACAUAAUAUCUAUAAAUUCAGAGUUAGAAUAUUAAAUUAAUCAUAUAUAAUCAGAAGAAGAGUUAAAGAUUUCUAAUAAUUAGAAUCAGCAACUAAUCCAGAUCCACUAUUUGUUUUCAAAAAAAAAGAAGUAACAAAAGAAAGUAUGGAAGAUUAACCUAGAGAAAAAUAAUAAAUAUUGUUCAACUUUUUGAAAUAAUUUCUAUAGAAUGAAGAUUUAAAUGCAUUAACUUAAGAUGUUUUAAAGUUUUUUGAGAUUUCUGAAGUAGAAUAUGGUGAUUUUAGAAAGUAUAAGGAAUGUACAUUAAAAAAAAGAGCAGGUGGUAGAUUUUCUGAAAGUAGAUGUACUAGAUGUGGAACUUUAUGGGGAAGAUGGUCAAAAAGGUAUAUAUUUCAAUAUAUAAAUUAGAUAUUUCUAUAUAUCAAAUAAUGGAGUGAUGUAUUGUAAAGGUCCAUUUGGAUAAAGAGCAUAAAUGAGAGAAUAAUUAGUAUUUGAUUAUAAUUUUAGAAUGAAAUAUGGUAAGGCAGGGACUGGUUAUGAUAGAGGUAUUAAAUUAGAGUUUGCAACAAGACAUUUAUUGCUUGUUGCUCCUGAUUAUUUUACUUUUACAGAAUUCUUAACUGCAUUAAAUCAAGCAGAAAAAGAGUGUCCUUAUAGAUAAAUUCAUAGAUUCUUAUCAUUUGCUCCAAUAAAAGAGAGUCAUUGUAAAUGGUACAUAGAUGGAGAAGGGUAUUUUAGUGAUGUAAUGGAUGCCUUAUUGAAUGCCAAAUAAUAUAUAUAUAUUACUGAUUGGUGGAUGAGUCCAGAUCUCUAUUUAAAGAGACCUAUAGCUAUAGAUUAAAAUGAUUAAAUAAAUUAGGAUUCUAGAUUGGAUAGGAUACUUUAGAAAUUAGCAAAUAGAGGAGUGUCUAUAUAUAUUUUAAUGUAUUUAGAACCAACUAUAGCAUUAAAGCAUGAUUCAUAUCACACUAAAAAUUUUUUAGAAAGAUUGUCUCCUAAUAUUAUGGUCUUAAGACAUCCAUCACCAAUUCCAUAAUUAUGGAGUCAUCAUGAAAAGAUUGUUGUUGUAGAUGGAACUGUUGGAUUUAUGGGAGGACUUGAUUUAUGUUUUGGUAGAAUGGAUACUUAAUAACAUUUAUUAAGUGAUUUAGAUGUAAGAAGAUAAUUUUGGCCAGGAAUUGAUUAUGCUAAUAAUAGAAUGAAAGAUUUUGAGAAUGUUCAUAAAAGUGGAGAGAGUUAAAUUAAUAGGAGUGAUCCAAGAAUGCCAUGGCAUGAUAUUGCAAUUAAAGUAAGUGGAUAAUCAGUUAGUGAUUUAGUUAGACAUUUUGAAUAAUAUUGGAAUCAUGUUAUGAUUAGUUAAAAUUUUCCGAAGAGAAAAUAACAUUAAUUAUAAGGUAAUGCUAAAAAUCCAACUAAUUAUUAUAAAAUAUAGGAUGUUUAUCAAUAAAAUUCUUAAGAUACUAUAUUCUAAAAGUAUAAGAAUUAAAUAAAGGAAGAAUAUUAAAGUUAAUAUCCUAAUGAAGAAUCUAAAGAAGAUUAAUCAAAAUAAAAUACAUAAGCUUAUAAUCCAAAAUAAAGAUUAUCAGCUAUUUUCCCUAAUAAAUAAUAAUGUAAUAAAGAUUUUAUAGAAAUACUUGAGAAGAUUCAUGGAUAAAAUUAAGAAGAAGAAGAGGAAUUUGAAGAGAAUAUAGUGCCAAAAAAUAAAUAAUUUAGAUCAAGCAUUAUGAUAUAACCUAAAUUAUAGAUGGCAUAUGAAAAGGGAGAAUGUUAAACAUAGAUAUUGAGAUCAGCAUCAAAUUGGUCAAUAGGUUGUUCAUCUGCAAAUACUGAAUUCUCUAUUCAAAUUGCUUAUACUCAUUUAAUAUCAGAAGCACAAAAUUUUAUUUAUAUUGAAAAUCAAUUUUUUAUUAGUGCUGUUAACAAUAAUCCUAUAAUAGAAAAUAAGGUUGCUUUAGCUUUAGUUUAAAGAAUUAAAAAAGCAGCAUUAAGAAAAGAGAAAUUUAAAGUAAUAGUAUUUUUACCAUUAUUACCUGGUUUUGCUGGAGAAAUAGAUAAAGAUUCUGCAGUAUUAAAAGUCUAAUUACAUUGGGAAUAUUUAACAAUUAGUAGAGGAGGGAAUUCUAUAAUUGAAACACUUUUAAAAGAUUCUAAUAUAUCAGAUCCUAGUUAAUAUAUUGAAUUUUAUUCAUUAAGAUAACAUACUAAAAUAUUAGAUGUUCCAAAAACUGAAUAAAUAUAUAUUCAUUCUAAACUUAUGAUUAUUGAUGAUGAAUAUGCUCUUAUAGGUUCUGCAAAUAUUAAUGAUCGAAGUUUAGUUGGAAAUAGAGAUUCAGAAAUAGCUAUUGUUAUUUAUGAUAAUAAAAAAAAGGAAUCUAUCAUGGGUGGUGAGAGAGUAGGAAGAUCAAUUUUUGCUUAAGAAUUAAGAACUUCUCUCUAUAUGGAACAUUUUGGAUUAAAAUAUGAUGAAGUUAUAGAUCCAUUAAGUUAAUAAUUAUAAGAAAAAAUUAGAUUCAAUACUAGAAGAAAUACUAUGAUAUAUAGAUAAGUAUUUGCAUGUUAUCCUGAUGAUAAUGUUAAAACAUUGAAUGACUAUUAAACAGUAAAAAUAGAUUAUUUAAUUUUUAGUUUAAAUCUUCAGGAGAUCUUUCCAAAUAUGAUUAAUUAUCAUCAUAAAUUGUAGGCCAUGCUGUUGAAUUUCCUUUAGAAUUUUUAUGUAAAGAGAAUUUGACUAUUAAAAUCUUGAGUAAAGAAAUUAUUGUUCCUGAAAUCAAUUUUACAUGA